AACUGUGCGGCAAAAGAUGAGCUUGUGCGCAAGAAGGUCGUCGGCCGUCCCGGGUUGGGCACUUUUCCUUUCACCUCCCCUGAACGUCAUCAUUUCGACCUAUGAUCCAUGUCUUUACAAAUGUGAGGACGCAAGCCAUUAUGACGCGAUUCGCGACCAAGGUCGCUGCGAAGGUCACCCGCAUCGACAAUCUUCUCCCUCCACAGUCUCUCCCAGAGGUGUCUUUGGCUGAAGCUCUACUCUCCAAGAGCGCAAUCCACAAAGUUGUAGCGCCAAAGGCAGCAGGCGCACCUCCAAUGAUCGGCGGGAGCAUUGCUUGGAGCGAAAUCAAACUUGAUCACAGAGGCAGGCGCGUGAUCGCGAUUCACAAACAUAAAAGAGAUGGAUCGGCUGGUGUAGCUGGAUCAACGCACAGCAAGAAAAGUAUCAAAGGUGACGACAAGGCGAAAGCGACCGCCGGCAAGGCUGAACAAGCCGCGACUACAGCUCCGCCAAAGGAUGCUAAUGCUCAGCAACCAGAAGUCACCGACUUCACUGCGACACAAGAUGCCAAGCUGAAAGCCAUGAAGGCGGAGGGCAAGACUUGGGUGGAGAUCACGAAGGAGCUGGGUCGAUCCAAGCAGACCUUGUUGAACCGUUACAGGCAAAUCAAAGACGACACUGAUGCGGAUAAAGACAAGCCAAAUCCUGAGCCCAAAUCGAAUGAAUCGAAUGAUAAAGCCAAAGACGCCGCUCAUAAGGAUGGCAAGAAACACACUGACAAGCAGGAGAAGGGCAAGGACAUCAAGGCGCAACCAGCAGCAACAGCGGCAAAGGAUGCGCAGAAGAAAACUGACCAGAAGAAGGCAGACCAGAAGACAACUCAAGCCGCGAGUAAUGUCGCACAAGUAGGGUCACCUACCAUUCUCGAGGAAGACGACAUGUUCACCGGUGAAGAGUUGUGGAUCAUCGUGCAGAUUAUGAACCAUGACACGGAGUCAACGUGGAAGCGAAUAUCCAGCCGUUUCGCAGACAAAACCGGGCGACAUGUUCAUCCAGAAGAUCUCAGAGAAAAGUUUGAAGUUGUAUGGCCUCAUGCCUGAGAGAGAACAUGAUUGUUGAUGCGCCUGUACCUAGGGAGCUUUGAAGCUGCUGUGCUCUCUAAGAAUUCUGCAC